GAAUUAAAACAAAAUAAGAAUAAAAAAAAAAAACAAGAAACAAAGAAAAGACGCGGCUGCUGUAUACACCAAAAACCAGAGAGGGGGAGAGAGAAAGUGUUGGGUAAUUGAUUCUAGCUACAGAGAUCGCACCCAAGCGAGAACCCAUACCCAAUAAAUCAAUCCAAUUUCUUUGUUUUUUUUGGUUAUUAUUGAGAUCAUUUGUUUAGAACUUUAACAAGUAAUUAGUUCUCAAGGCAAUAAAAUUCAAACAUCGGCUGGUACCGAUUUGAAUUUAGUGAUCGGGUCCAAUUCACUGGAAAUCCGUGGUGGGUUUUCGGUUUUGUGAAAUGGGUUGGCUUUGUUUUUUUGUUUGGGAUUGUAGAGAGAUAAUUAUGAAUUCAUGGGCUUAAAUUAUUAUUUUAUUUUAGUUUUACAUUUUGUUGUUGUUGUUGCUGUUUGAUGAUUUCUCUGGGGAGGAGAGAUGGGAGAGAGGACCUAGGGAUAGGGUUUGGCAGUGAGAGAGAGAUGGAAGAUACCGAGCUUGAAGAAGGGGAGGCCUGCUCAUACCAUAAUAUCAACAACAACGAUGAUGAUUAUGAUGCGAGCAUGGACCCUGAUAUUGCUCUCUCUUACAUAGAUGAAAAACUGCAUGAUGUCUUGGGACACUUUCAAAAAGAUUUUGAAGGUGGAGUUUCGGCAGAGAACUUGGGGGCCAAGUAUGGUGGUUAUGGUUCAUUUUUACCUACCUAUCAGCGGUCUCCUGGUUGGACCCACCCAAGGACCUCACCAAAAAUUCAACAUCGCAAUGCAUCUAGAUCCCCAAACAAUUUGCAACUGGAGGGCGGCCGCUGGAGCUCUGUAUCUUCGUCAACUGCAUCUCAAUCACUAAGACUUGAGCCUUCUUCUACAGUAUUGAAAACAACAUCCUCCUUGAAUGAGUCGGUUAAACAAGAAGCAUGUGUGCCAUCCAUUCAUUUUGCCGAGGAACUUGUUCCUAGAGAUGAAUGUGUAAACAGGAAAUCUGCUAGUUUACAGAAGAUGCUGAAAGUUCGAAUCAAAGUUGGUUCUGAUAACUUGUUGACACAGAAAAAUGCAAUCUACACUGGUCUUGGGCUUGAUGUCUCACCAUCUUCCUCAAUGGAUGACAGCCCCUCUGAAAGUGAAGGGAUGUCUCACGAUCCUCAAGAUGCUCAUCUGGAAUCUCCUAAUUAUAUUCUCCAGAUAAUGACAUCUUUUCCGGUGCCUGGAGCUCUGCUGCUAUCACCUCUUCCUGAUGAUCUUCUCCACCUGAAAGAGAUGGAAAAAUUAAUUAAAGAUAGUGGAUGCUCGUCUGUUCCAAGGUUUGGUCCUGAAAAUUCUUGCACUGUAGUGAAUGGGUCUAGCUCUGUAAAAGGUGAUGGGACAAUGUUUGGAGAGACGAAAAUAAAGUCAAUGGCGAGAAAUGAACUUUCAGCAGAAUCAAAGAGUGAUAUUAAUAAGGAUUCUGGGAUUGGUGUUGGUGUUAUAUCGAAGGAGAUAGAACUUGACACCUUUGCUUGUGAGGAGCUUGUUUCUAAUACCUUAAAGCUUCCACUUUUGUCAAAUUCAUAUUCUGCUUCUGUUGGCACUUCAAAGGGAAUGGGUAGGGCAUCUAACGUGCCUAAGGGAGUGAUGAGUGACAAAGGUUUUUCUAGUCUAACAAAAGAGGAAUUACCAGUGCAAGAAAAUGGGUCGAUCAAGAAUCCCAAAUCCAAGUCCUCUGGAAAGGUUUGGGAAGAUAGAAAACCUAUUAGUUUUGGCAGUGAUUCAGUCUCCCCAAGGAAAGACAGCCAUCGCAAAGGAGAAAAGCCUCAUGAAUCAGUCAAAAUUGACUCGAAUGUUUCAAAAGGGAGGAAGGCUAAAUAUCAGGCUCCAACAGAACCUGCCAAGCAGAAUGCUGAUGAGAAAGCUAUGUCGUAUGAACAGGAAGGUAUGAAGUUACCUUAUGCUAAGGAGUCUUCUUCCGAGGGGAGAAAAAAACUAAAGGGAAGUCAAAGUCAUGGCACUGUAGUUGCUGAGGCACCAAAAGAGAGUUUAAGGCUUAACUCAUCUUUGGCACCAAAAAAUAAGAAGAGCAGUUAUGCCGACAAUUAUACAACUAAAGUAGAGUUGGAAGACUUGAAAUUACAAAAGAAUUCUGGAAAAGCUGGGGAUAGAUAUAGAGAAUUUUUUGGGGACAUGGAACCAGAACAAGAAGAAUUCCGAAUGAGUACAUUGGUAAAAAGUUAUGAGGAUAGGCUGGAGGACUUUGAAAUGGUUGAAAAGGGCACACAUGGAACUAACAGCAUGUCCAAGGAAAGAUCAAGCACUAAGAAAGUGGAUAACCUGUUAACAUCUGAAGCAUUUCCUAAAGCUGCUUCAACUGGUUCUUUGCACAAUGGGGACGGGCCCAUAACUGAUACUGCUCCUGCUGAAGAUAAUUGGGUCUGUUGUGAUAAGUGUCAAACAUGGCGGCUUCUUCCACCUCGUACAAAUCCUGAUGACCUGCCUGAAAAGUGGCUGUGUAGCAUGCUUGACUGGCUGCCUGGUAUGAACCGGUGUAGUUUUAGUGAGGAUGAAACAACCUUUGCAACUCGGUCUCUUAAACAAAACACUUCUGGUGGGGAUAUAUCCAAAGAAACUGUGGCUGGUGUUUGGCAUCCUGAUCAGAGCCUCCAAAAUUUUGGUUCACAUGCUGCGCUUCCUAGUGGAAGAAAAAAGCAUGGUUCAAAAGAGUUAUCAAAUAUGAUGUAUAAAGAAGAUGGACCUAUUCAGUUGUCAAACCAUACAAAGAAAAGCUUACAUGUGCCAGUGACAAAUAGAGGCUUAAAUGAUGUGAAACCAGCUCUUGUGGUAAGUGAACCUGAUUCUUUGAAACCGAGCAAGUCUAAUUUAGCUGUGGAGAAACACAAACAUAAGCCGAAAGAUAAGCAUAGAGGACUGGACAACUUUUCUGACCGAGGUGGUGGCUCGAAGCGAUCAAAGGGGAAAGGCAAAAGGGACCCUGAUCAAGAUUGUUUUAGAGCUUCUAAGAAAAUCAGAGCUGAAGGUUUUCCAGAAGAUUGGAUGUCUGAUCAUGGUGGGGCAAUUGAAAAGGUGGGUCCUCCUUCGAGCAAUGGUUUGGCUAUGGCAUCAUCAGGGAAGAAUCCGCCCAAAUACAAUGAUUGCACUUCUAAGAACAUGAAGCAUGACCUGAAGGACUGGGCUCAACUUUCUGCUAAAAAUCCAAAGGAGGAUGUCCGCGCUUCCUUGGAUAAUGGGUUUGUGGAUAUAGGGAACUGUGAUGAUAGAGAUACAAAAAAGAGGAAAGUGAAGGAAAGUCAUGAUGCUCAACUCUAUCAGGAUUCCCUUCCAAACACAGGGCAUCACCACCAGGAUAGUAAUAUCAUGGCCAAGGAGGAGUUCAGUGAGACUGACUACAGGAAGGUUAAGAAGCCCAGAGUAUCCAGGUCUGAAGGGAAGGAGGCUAGUGGAAGUAAAAGCAAUGGUAGAACAGACAAAAAAGGUAGUCAUAGAAAGAACCAGCAACUACGACAUGACCUAGGGAGCACCGUAUCUCAGCGGAGCUUGGAUGGUGUGGAUUCUUUGAAGAGGGAUUCUGGAUCUUUACAUGUGGCAGCUAAUUCUAGCUCUUCCAAAGUUUCUGGUUCCCAUAAAACCAAAUCCAAUUUUCCUGAUGCAAAAGGCUCGCCUGUAGAAUCAGUUUCAUCAUCACCUAUGAGAGUUUCAAAACCAGAAAAACUUGCAUCAGCAAGAAAGAAUGUCACCAAAAAAGAUGCUUCUGUUGAUGCUGGUUUCUUUGCCCCAGGUGGCCCACGAAGAUUUUCAGAUGGGGAAGAUGAUGGUGGGAAUGAUCAAUCUGGGACAGCAAGGAAGGCAAAAACUCUAGUGCAUAUUGUUCCUUCUCCAGAUAUUGCAGAUGGCCACCUCUCAAAUGAUGUAGAUUUUCUAAGCCAAAACACUCCUCAUCGUAGUAAACCGGCAGCUUUGGAUCCAUGCCAUGACGAUGAAAGACAAAAUGAAAAUCACCAUCUUGUGAAUGGGUCGCGUCCAAGGAAGUCCGGAAAGGGUUCCUCCUCACGGUCUAAGGACAAGACUAGGAAUUUUAAUUCUGAGCUCGAAAAUGAAGUUAAGGUUUCCAAUUCCUUUAAUGCAGAAGCACCUUCCUAUGAUGUAAAACCGACAAAUUGCAAAAACAAGACUGAAGUGAAGUCAGGGAUCAAACCUGAGGAAAAUGAGGACAGAUAUGUUGACAAGAAGGACUAUCAAGGACAAGUGUUGAGUGAUAACAGUAAAAGAGUGAAUCAGUUAAAUGUCAGGGGACCCAGUGGUUUGGAUGUUGAAGUAGGCGCUACUCGCAACCAUGAUGCAGUCUCUACUCCAAAGCAGAGUGUGCUGAUAGAUAUUGAAAAGGUCUCUGAUAGAGGGACGACACAAUCAUUGCCUUCUUCUGGAGGAGCUCAAAAUGAGACACUUGCUGGCAGCUCUCAUCCAAAUUCUUUAUCUCACCAAGGAAACAGUGCCAAUAUGUUGGUUAUUAAUGCCUCUGCUGGGGAAAAUACUGAAAUGAAGGAGUUGAAACAGAGUAGAAAGGUCAAUGAUCCAAAUGGGAUGAAUCAUCAUCAUCAUAGCAGUUCCAGAAAUGCCUCAUCACAUGGGCACAGGGUCAGGGAUCUUGAUGGUCCAAGUUCAGUUAAAAGGGAUUCCUCGAGUCAGGCUGCUAACAAUGCUUUGAAAGAAGCUAAAAAUAUGAAACACAUGGCUGAUCGUGUCAAGAAUGCCGGGUCAAAUCUUGAGAGUACAAGGCUUUACUUCGAGGCAGCUCUGAAGUUUCUUCAUGGAGCAUCUCUGUUGGAAAUCUGUAGUGGUGAGAGUGCCAAAAAUGGAGAGCCAAUGCAAGUUUACAGCAGCACUGCGAAACUGUGCGAGUUUUGUGCUCACGAAUAUGAGAAAUCCAAAGACAUGGCUGCUGCUGCUCUGGCCUACAAAUGCAUGGAGGUUGCAUACAUGAGGGCAAUUUAUUCCUCACAUACCACUGCAAACAGAGAUCGUCAUGAGUUGCAGAUGGCUUUACAAAUUAUUCCUCCAGGUGAAUCACCUUCUUCUUCUGCCUCUGAUAUUGAUAACCUGAACCACACAACAAUAGCAGACAAGGUUCCCUUAACCAAAGGCGUAAGCUCCCCUCAAGUAGCUGGAAGUCACAUUAUUGCUGCUCGGAAUCGUCCCAACUUCGCACGAUUGCUCAGAUUUGCACAGGAUGUAAAUUCUGCAAUGGAAGCCUCUAGAAAGUCACGCCUUGCUUUCGCGGCAGCUAAUGUCAGCCUGGGAGAAGCCCGAUGUGGAGAGGGCAUUUCUUCCAUUAAAACAGCUCUUGAUUUUAACUUCCAAGAUGUGGAGGGACUGCUACGUUUGGUGCGGCUUGCAAUUGAAGCUAUUAGCCGCUAAUGUGUCUGGUUGUGGUGGAGAUGAUAACAACCUUGGAGGAAUUUUUGAUUGGUUGCUGUGUUCUUGGGGUUUGGCCUUUUAGGUAACGAUAGAAGGCACCCUGAUCUCUCUGUUGCGGUGGUUGAUAUGUCUUUUGAGGGAUCAGUUAUCAGCAAGAUGCCAUCUUGGUGCUCAUUGUACAUGUGUAUACUACAGGAUAAUUUUGGACUUUUGAGUAUAUUCAUUUUAAUCAUACUUCAGCUGCCCUCUGAUGCAGACAAUGACCUCACUUGAGCCAUUUCAAGAGUGUUACCGAGGACUAUCGAUUCACGAGACUUCUGCAGAAGAGAGAAUUUGGAGACUGUAGAAAUAAGGAAGUUUUAUGGUCCAAAAUGGUUGUGCUUUGAGAAAUAAUGGAUAAGGGUAGAGAUCCCCGACUAUAAUUUACGUGGGAUUGUAGAAUUCUGAAAACCAGAGGAUCCCAUUUUUAUGGAGAUUGUUUUUUAUUUUUCCUGGAUGGAGUUCUCGUUUUGCCAUCGUGUUAAUUUGCUAUUUACAACUCAUUGGAAGACAUUUUGAGGAAAAAUUGUAAUAUAUGCGCCGCUAACAUCAUGGUCUCAAUUUGACCGUCAGAGACCACUCUUUCUUCGGUCCAAGCACCUUGUAAAGAUGACAGGGCAUUCUCAGGUUACCCUCUUGAGCUUCUGUAAUUGCAGUUUGAACCAUUUUUUUCCCUUUUGUUAAUAGAGAGAUAUUAGGUAGAAGUUGGAGAGUUAAUGGUGGAAAAAUAACAUAACUGUUGCAUGAGACGAGGUUGUGCCCUGUAAGGUUUGUGGGUUGACAAUAGCUGUAAACAUUAGUUGGAUUGUUCAUUGUUCUAGUGUGUGAUCACCUCUGUCUCUCUCUCUCUCCCCCUCUUUCCUUUGUAGCGGCUGCUACGCGUAGAUGCGUGCAUGUUUAUGCUGAUCUUUAAAAUAUUGGAUAAACUCACUCCCUUCUGUA